AAAACAUCGAAACAGAUCUCAGCAACCCAGUUCCAAAUUAUCUCGUUGGACUGUUUUGGAAUUUUCCCAAAUUCCAAAUUGUAUUUAGAUACAAAUCUCACGUUUCGAAAUUUCUUUGUGCAAAUUAAGCAUGACUGAAGCAGCAGUAAAUAUCGAACCAGAAUUCGAGGAAGUAUCAUUAAGCGAAGGAUCCCAACGCCAGAGAAGCAGCAGUGAUUCGAUUGCAUGCCGGAUUUGCCAGAGUGCAACGGAGAAGUCUCGUUUAAUCUCGCCCUGUCUGUGCAAGGGAUCACUACGGUACGUACACCGGGACUGCCUGGAGCACUGGCUAAGCCGGUCCGGACUUACACACUGCGAGCUGUGUUUACACAGGUUUCAGACCUACACGACACUAAGGUACGGCUGCAUGGAGUCCUUGUGCGUUUGGUAUCGUCAUCCGGGCAAUCGUGGCCUGUUAGUGUCGGAUGCACUGAUUUAUGCCGUCCUGUCAUUCAUCUGCUUCAUCCUGACAAUGAUCUGCAUCCUGGUGCUCCGGUUCCAGAGUACCCAUCGCAACACGCUCCAGGAGACGCUCGCCUCGACCGCCGUUGUUUGCUUUCUGCUGCUGGUGCUAAUUGUGUAUCUAACCAACCUCUUCGUGCUGGCAAAGGAUCACAUCAUCCCCUGGUAUAGGUGGUGGAGAGCAUCCCGAAGGAUACGGCUUUCGGAAAUUACCCUGGAAGAAUCUAGUGGCUCAUCGCUGGUGGUAUAAGCUGAUUGUUUGAGGUUGGAAUCAAUUUGGAUAAUACCUAUGCAUGACCUAACAUUUAAAAUUUGAAUUGUAUUGACGACAAACCUUUACUACUGUCGACUUUUUUCGCAGCUUAUGUAAGGUAAGUACAGCGAACUCAACCCAUUUGAACAAUUAUCAAUCUAACAAGGAAUAACAUAAAAUUGUUUUGC